AUGCUGGACAUUCCCCAUACUCCACCGUCAGCGUCACAGGCCAGAAACCAGAACCGUACAGCCCAAGGGCCCAUUCCUCACUUCCAGCUCCCGAAACCACCCAAGACACCUGCCAAAACUCCCGCCAAGAAAGGGAUUCGGACUCCAUCAUCUAAAUCACACAACAGCCAGUUGAAAACUCCCAAUACGGGCAAACUGAACAAGGUUCUCUUUGGAGAAAAGUCUUCGAUGCUUUUCCCUCCAACUCCAGACUUUACGCCGCAUAGAUCGCCCCGCUCGGUCCGCAAAAAGAGACCAAACUUCGAUGACUUGUUUGCUCUGUCAACCCACAUGGAAAUGGGGAUGUUUCUUCCCAACCAUGCAUCGGUGGGGAGCGGACGCAAACUGGCGAGCCCAAUGAAGUCGCUAAAAGCGCCUCUCGCGCUUGAUUUGUCGGAAUUGUCACAAAUCAACGAAAACCUCACUUUCGAGGAGGAUCCCUACGAUGACUCUAUCAUGCUGAGCCCAACAAAACUUCCUAGACGCAAGAAGCAGGCCUUGCUCAAUACUCCUGGUGGACAACUCAUCACCGAUGAGAAGGUCAAGAUGUGGCACGGCGAUUCGUACCAUUCUGGCUUCUCAUCGGAUGAAGAGUCGGAAUUUGGAGCGCCUGGGCCCAAAUUGAUUAACCCAUUUGUCACUUCUACUGAACCACCCGCCAAGAAAGUUAAAAAUCCAUUUAACAAUACUACUGAGAUCGAUUAUUCCACCCAUAAUGAGUUCAUCAAUCAUCGCACUGGAGAACGUAAAGUGGAGGCGCUUCUGGAGAGCCAGCGCAAGUUCAAGCCGAAGAAAAUUGAUUUCUCGGGAAUUUGA